AUGGAAGGUGAGGAUUUAUCAGGGAUAGAUCAUGAAGUUGCGGUCCAUACACUCAAUAUUAGUCCAGUGGCUAAAACAGUCAAGCAAAGGAAGAGGCGAUUUGCAUCGAAACGACAGGAGGUCAUUCGUGAAGAGAUCGAUAAGCUCUUCAAUGUUUCAUUUAUUCGGGAGGUUCAGUAUCUCGAUUGGCCUGCCAAUGUUGUUCUCGUCAAAAAGGCCAAUGCCGAGAAAGACCGGGAAGAGACAUCUUUCAUAACUAAGUCUGCCAUAUAUUGUUACGAGGUUAUGCCAUUUGGUUUGAAGAAUGUAAGGACAACAUAUCAAAGACUCGUCAACAAAGUCUUUGCAAAUUUGGUUGGGAAAAAUAUUGAGGCCUAUGUUUACGACAUGGUAGUCAAGAGCAAACAGGUUGACCGAAAUAUAUCAGAUCUCAAUGAAAUAAAUGCCAGCAGUAAUAUUAGGGGUGGACGUGGUUCCAUUUGGUUUUGGUUCUAA